AUGACUUCAAACUUGUUUGAUUUUAUAGAUCCGGAAAAUUAUGGUUUGGCGAUCGCCAAUUUCCCCCUUCCCACAGGCCAGGGACAAACCACUCGGCGUCUGUUAAAUUCGCUUAUGAUCGAGCUCACCAAAGCCAUUGGUGUCAUCUUCGCACUUUCCUUUGUCUCCUCUUCGUUUACAACCUUCAUUAUCCGUGAGAAGCAUAGUGGUGCCAUGGCGAUGCAGUUUCUCUCCGGUCACAGCCGCUUAGUCUACUGGUCUAUGUCUUACGUCUGGGAUUUCAUCUCAUUCCUCAUUCCCGUUGCCUUCAUCGUUAUAAUCUUCGUAAUUUUUGACGAACAGGCUUACAUUGGCAAGGGGCAAAUCGGCGCCUUCAUCGUUCUUCUGGUUGUGUACGGUUUGGCCAUCACUCCUCUGAUGUACUGCUUCAGCUUCAUCUUUCAUUCACCCUCAGUAGCCUUUGUAUCUUUUCUUGCACUGAACAUCCUCGUUACUAUCAUCACCACGGUGAUUGUCCAAACGUUGGAGCUCACUGCACACGACAACCCCGAUGUGUCCUCCGUCGCUGACGUCCUCGCAAACCUCUUCCUCAUUUUCCCACAGUUUGCAUUCAGUCGAGGCUUCUAUGAGUUAGCGAAGGGCUACGCAAUUAAUGCACUUCGUCUUGACCAGCUCACUGACAGCAGUCAUCUCUUUUCCUGGAAGGCAUUAACAGAGAAGCUAGUUGCCAUGACAAUUGAAGCAGUCGUAUUUUCUGGAAUCCUUCUCCUUGUUGAAUAUUCCAGGUUAAGGAAUGUAUGUGGGAAAUGCAAAAAUAAAAGCAAAAUCGUUUCUGCUGCAGUCAGUAGCGGGGAACAUAGACUAGGAAUCGGUGCUGAUGUGUUGGAGGAGAGAGAACGAGUGGAAAAUGUAUGUUAUCCAUAUCGUAAACUCAAUUUAUUCUUAAACACUACAGACGGAACCACAGAAACUGAUAAGACUAAGAACCUUAGUGUAUUUUAA